AGGUUUGGAUGUCAACCACGCGAGAGGCAACUUCCGGUGUCAGGUUCGGUUGGCCGGGAGGUUGUUAGGGGAGUUUCCAGCUGGGGCCUAAAUGCUGAGUGGAGCCAGCAACAUGGAGGUUAUAGAGGAUGGUUAAACCGGGCACAAGGAGGUGUUCUGAAGAGGUGGGAGGAAGAAAAUUUUCUUUGACAUAAGGAAAUUGCUGGUUUGACUGCACCCGUGCAAGCCUGAAUUUGUUGUGCUAAGAUUACAACUUAUUCUAAAGAUCUGGACUGUGCCCUUGAGGGCAAAUCAUAAAGUCAGCAAGAUUGUUAAUAGCAAUGAUACCGAGGCUGGAAUUAGUACUAUGGGAAGUUUAGAUAGCUGUCUCUCGCUGCCUGUUUUUAAACGAUGACUAAUAUCCGUGAUGAAAGGUCAACUAGGUUGUCAUGACAACCCCCACCUCUUUUGAGGGGGAUCACUUGACUCCUACAUUCUUUGUUGGAUGCGAGGAGGAUGAAAUUGAUCUGGAAUCAAACAUGAAGGCAGAAGACCUUGACCUUUACGACGAUGAAAAUGAUUCAGACUCGCCACCUGAACGCCAAAUCCUGGUGGGGAUUUGUGCAAUGGCGAAAAAAUCAAAGUCAAAGCCAAUGACACAGAUCCUUGAGCGUCUGUGUAAAUUUGAAUAUAUCAGUGUGGUGAUAUUUAACGAAGAUGUCAUUCUGAAUGAGCCUGUGGAGAACUGGCCAGUGUGUGACUGUCUGAUCUCUUUCCAUUCUAAAGGUUUUCCUUUGGAUAAAGCAGUGGCUUACGCAAAACUCAGGAACCCAGUUCUCAUCAAUGACUUGAAUAUGCAAUAUUUUAUCCAAGACAGGAGAGAAGUCUAUCGAAUUUUACAACAAGAAGGGAUAGACCUUCCCCGAUACGCAGUGUUGAAUCGUGAUCCAGACCGGCCUGAUGAAUGCAGUCUGGUGGAAGGUGAUGAUCAUGUGGAAGUAAAUGGUGAAAUCUUCCAGAAACCCUUUGUUGAGAAACCCGUGAGUGCGGAAGACCAUAAUGUGUAUAUUUACUACCCUGUGUCGGCAGGGGGAGGGAGCCAGAGGUUGUUCCGUAAGAUUGGAAGUCGGAGCAGCGUUUACUCCCCUGAAAGCACUGUGCGUAAAACUGGAUCUUACAUCUAUGAAGAGUUUAUGCCAACAGAUGGAACAGACGUAAAGGUUUACACUGUUGGUCCUGACUAUGCACAUGCAGAGGCACGCAAAUCACCAGCUCUGGAUGGGAAAGUGGAACGUGACAGUGAAGGAAAAGAGAUACGUUAUCCUGUGAUGUUAACUGCCAUGGAAAAACUAGUUGCGAGGAAAGUAUGCGUAGCUUUUAAGCAAACAGUAUGUGGUUUUGAUCUGCUGCGUGCGAAUGGGCAUUCCUACGUUUGUGACGUCAAUGGAUUCAGCUUUGUGAAAAACUCCAUGAAAUACUAUGACGACUGUGCAAAAAUCCUAGGUAAUAUAAUUAUGCGGGAACUCGCCCCUCAGCUGCAGAUACCAUGGUCCAUACCCACAGAAGCUGAAGAUAUUCCAAUUGUUCCAACCACUUCAGGAACUAUGAUGGAACUGCGCUGUGUCAUUGCAAUCAUUCGACAUGGUGACCGAACUCCAAAACAAAAGAUGAAGAUGGAAGUCAUGCAUCCAAAAUUCUUUGACUUGUUUGAGAAGUAUGAAGGAUACAAGACUGGCAAACUAAAGUUAAAGAAACCAAAGCAGCUUCAGGAAGUUCUAGACAUUACCCGUGAGCUUCUAGCAGAAUUGGGCCAGCAUAAUGACUGUGAAAUAGAGGAGAAGAAAUCCAAGCUAGAACAGUUAAAGACUGUGCUGGAAAUGUAUGGUCAUUUUUCUGGAAUCAACAGGAAGGUUCAGAUGACAUACUUGCCUCAUGGACAACCCAAAACUUCAAGUGAAGAGGAAGAUUCCAGGAGGAAUGAUCCAUCACUACUUCUGGUAUUGAAAUGGGGAGGGGAAUUGACUCCAGCAGGCAGGGUACAAGCAGAGGAGCUUGGACGAGCAUUUAGAUGCAUGUACCCUGGAGGCCAAGAUGAUAGCAACACAGGUUUGAGCUGUGAAUCACCCAUUGACUGUGGGGAUUAUGCUGGCUUUCCUGGUUGUGGCUUACUUCGUCUACACAGCACCUACAGGCAUGAUCUGAAGAUCUACGCAUCUGAUGAAGGCAGAGUGCAGAUGACUGCAGCAGCUUUUGCCAAGGGACUUCUCGCACUGGAGGGUGAGCUAACUCCAAUUCUUGUGCAGAUGGUGAAAAGUGCCAACAUGAAUGGUCUACUGGACAGUAACAGCAAUUCCCUCAGCAGUUGUCAGCAUCGUGUCAAAGCAAGGCUUCAUGAGAUCAUGCAGAAGGAUCAGAUAUUUACAGAGGAGGACUACAACAAGCUGGCACCAACUGGCAGUGCUUCUCUUAUUAACUCCAUGAAAUUGAUUAAAAACCCUGUCAGUACCUGUGACCGAGUAUAUUCCCUGGUCCAGAGUCUCACCUCUCAGAUUAAGAAGAGAUUAGAAGACCCCAAAUCAGCAGACCUUCAGCUGUACCACAGUGAAACUCUGGAGCUGAUGCUGCAACGUUGGUCAAAGCUGGAGAGAGAUUUCAGGAUGAAGAGUGGUCGCUUUGACAUAAGUAAAAUCCCAGAUAUCUAUGAUUGUAUUAAAUAUGAUGUGCAACACAACAGCGCCUUGAAACUUGAGGACACCUUAGAGCUCUUCAAACUCUCCAAAGCCCUUGCAGACAUCAUUAUUCCUCAGGAAUAUGGCAUAAACAAAGAGGAGAAGCUGGACAUUGCCUAUGCAUAUUGCCUUCCAUUGAUCAAAAAAAUGCAACUUGAUCUACAACGGACACAUGAAGAUGAAUCUGUCAACAAACUGCAUCCACUCUAUUCCAGAGGAGUGAUGUCUCCUGGCCGUCACGUUCGAACACGGUUAUAUUUCACGAGUGAAAGUCACGUCCAUUCUUUACUGAGUUUGUUUCGUUAUGGGGGCCUCUUGGGUGAUCUAAAGGAUCAACAGUGGAAGAGAGCCAUGGACUACCUUGGAGCAGUCUCGGAACUGAACUACAUGACUCAAAUUGUUAUCAUGUUGUAUGAGGAUAACAAUAAGGAUCCUUCUUCAGAAGAAAGGUUCCAUGUGGAACUUCAUUUCAGCCCUGGUGCUAAAGGCUGUGAUGAGGAUGAAAAUGCCCCCACAGGGUCUGGGUUUCGGCCUGCAUCAGCUGAGAAUGAAGGUGGAUCAAAAACUGAUCAGGGCAGCAUGGAGGAUCUUUCAGAGAAUCGGGGAAGUGAUGAUGCAGAUGGGUUUCUUCCAGCCUUGCCUCAGCCAGCAGAGCCUUUCCAGAGUCACAGGAAGACUGCCCUGACAAAGACCAGGAAGAUGGGCUCAAUGGAGGUGCUUUCUGAGAAUUCUUCAAAAUACAGCGGCUACCGGUUAUUGGCUCCUCCAUAUUCUAGACAACUGUCUGAUGUUAAGCAGAGUGGUCUGGGUUCCCAGUGUGCUGGUUUGUUCAGUACCACAGUACUUGGUGGCUCUUCUAGUGCCCCUAACCUCCAAGACUACGCCCGCUCGCACCGCAGAAAAAGUGGCUCCAGUUACUUUUCUUUGAAGGAUGAAAUGUUAUCUAUGCCAGCCGUUAAAAGAUUUUCUGUCUCGUUUGCAAAGCAUCCGACUAAUGACUUACUGGACAAUCAUCGUGUGGCGCAGUUGCUGAGGCGAUUUUCAGCUGAUAACAGUUUCGCACAGAACCUGGCCCUUGAUGGUGCCUUGGCCCGGCAUCUACAUCAGUGCUCGUAUCACAUUCGCCUCUUCAAGAAGUGGUUGAUCUCUGGGCAGGAUGAUAUCGACUGCCUCUACGGUUUUGAAGGAUGUUCAAUGGUUCCUUCAAUCUACCCUUUGGAAACACUCCAUAAUUCUCUCUCCCUGAAACAAGUCAAUGAAUUCCUUACAUCCAUCUCUGAAAUUUGUGGGAAAUCUCAAGAUGGAACAUCGAAAGAACUUUCAGCAAUGUUUGAGACCAUGGGGAAUAGCCAGCCCACAGUAGAUGAGUAUAUUCCUCAACAAGUCUUGCCCUCCACAGUUGCUUCCCUUUCAUCCCGUCCUCACUCAGAAAACCCUCCAUGGUAUAGCAGUGGUCCAUCAAGCACUGUAUCGAGUGCUGGUCCGUCAUCUCCCAACACUUCUGACAACUCCCCCCGGUUUAGUUUCAGCGAUAAAUCAUCACUCACACCUCAGAGCAGUGAAGAGCAGCAGCAAUCUGUCCAUCCAGCAACUCCAAACCAACAUCUUGGCUGCAAUCACAAGGACCUACAACUGACACCAGCUCUUCAAACCAGUCAGGGGCAGCAAGUCAUUCAAGGUCAACAGCUGCACCAGAAUCAUAGUGACCCACAGCUAAUGGGGAGUGUGACUGGGCAGGGACAGCAGACAGUGCAAAGUCUGGUGGAAACCUAGCAGUGAAGGCAGCGGAUUGUUCUGCAGCAUUGUGCCACCAGACAUGAUAACUGCUAAUCUGCUUCUGUUAAACAGGGAUUGAUUCUGCAUAUUUUAUAAAUGUCACUUGCUGACUCUGGGGGUCAGUACAAUGAAUUAAUGCUGCACUGUAAUACAGAGAGGUUGGAUGUUCCAGGUUUGGGCUUUGGUGGUUGUUAUCACCUUGUGCCUCUGGUCCCCCACGUAGUGUUGGUGUAGGUGAGGUGUCUUUCUAUCCCUUGUGGUGGGUGAUGUAUUUGUAUGGUAUGUCAAUCUUCUUCCUAUAACCAUGUACAGAAAGCGAGCCAUUUCUUCAUCCAUGUAGUUUGUAAAUUGUAAAAGAUUAUUUAAUGAUGGUAUUUUGUAAAUAAGGAACAAGUUAAUCCUCAUAGGACUGAUAGGACUUCAGUCUCCAAUCAGUUUUCCUUCCACCAAGAUUCUUUCCAUUAGCAUAACUGUGUGUUGUGGAGCUUAGUGAAGCAAGACAGACAUGACAUGUAAAUCUUAAGUCCUUAGCCCAGUUACUACUUUGAUAACAACACAAAGAUCGAGCCUUGCUUACAGGGCAGCUGGGAUGUCCUGUGAGUUAUGAACCAGAGAGAUAUUUCUGCCAAGUUAGCCAAUCUCAGACAGCAGUUGGGUAUCACUAAUUGAUCUUGACGUCCCUCUUUGGUGAUGAGGAAAAUUUGUUAAAAGGUUCAAUGGACACCUGUGGCCAAUAAACCACCUCGGUUUUAUUUUGUUCUGCUUGGCUGUUUAAUUCAAGGCAUAAAGUUUCACUUGUAGUUUUUUGCAGUUGUUGGGUCAUUACCCUAGAAAUUGAAUAAUGAGUUGAAACACUGCCAGGGCUCAUUAGACAGAAUGACCACUUGGGUGUGAUCCUGUUGGCUGUUGGUGCAUAUGGAACCUCAGCAUGAGUCAAUACACUUGGAAGAAGAGGAGAGAAAUGCAGUUGAGGAACAUGCAAAGCCCACUGUGUGCUAAAUAACAAAGCUUCAGAAAAUUCAAAGUUGAAACAGUCAAGAAUCGAUCAGUAAGUUUGAACAGUUAAGCAAUGGCAUCAUGCAAUUUACUUAUCUCUGCCAGCCAUCACCUCUGACGUAAUUAGGAGUGAACAGAAGUGCUAGUCUUGCCAGUGAAACAAGAUCUUACAAAAAAUGUUUUGAAUAGUUUGUCGUUGUAAGUAAAUGCUAUGAUUUAACUGUUCAAAGGGGGCUGCAGCUAUGAAGCAUGUAGGAUUAAUGAAUUUUCUUAUUUAAUACAUCCAAGUUUGUCAGAUUUAUCCAUCGGUGUCUUGAAUGUGCUACAUGUGAUCUUUAUGGGAGAUAUCCACCUCUAUAUUAGUCUCAUCUGAUAGUUUGUCUCAGUGUCCUGAGCUCAGGGAGAGAAAAAGCAACCAGGAUUGCAACACUUGAUUAUAGCCAAACAACUUGUGUGUGUGUGUUUGUGUGCAUGUGUAUGUGUGUUUCUGUGUAUGCAUCUUCAACACGUACAGGAUUGUGUAUGGCUGGAACAUUUACCACAGUUAAACAGCCUGUCACAGCUACCUAGACUUGUGCAUGAAGAUUGUUGACAAUGAGACAGUAACCGACAGCUGGUUCCCACAGACCAUGACCCUCAGCAUGAGUCAAUACCUUCUGGAGGAGAAGAACCUGAUAAUUUGUCCGUGAAUUGUCCUGUGCUAUAGUUAUAACCUUGACAGGGCUGUAUGAACAGUGUGCUUAGAGUUCAGUCAGCAGCAUAUGGAAAGCAAUCACCUCAUGAUAUGGAUGACAGCGUAAUGACUACAGUAGUUUUUUCUUAAAAAAACCAUCAGUUUAAAAAUGUUUUAUUUCUGUGUUCUAUCAGUAGGCUAGUCUGGACAUCUGUUUGAGGUUGUUGUGAUAGGAAAUUUUAAAAAACUGGUGUUAGUGUUACGACACAUGGUAAACGCUCCUGCUUAAUUUAAAACCAGCAACACAGAAAAGAUUUAUCCAGUGCAGUAAUCUAAGAAUUAGAGGCCAAGAACUAUUUAAAGUAAAAAUUAACAACUUUAUUUCUUAAAGUAUAACAGAGAAUAAUUAACUAGCAACUAUUUACAGUUUGUUCCUCUAACCUAUUUUUUACCUCCCCUUCUAUAAUACUAGCCAGAUAAAACUCCCAAUUAAGAUUUACAGAAAAUUCCAAACUUUAAAUCUUCUAUCUGUCUUCGUCGGUAGAUUGGCUGUCCAGGUCAGUGUUGAGGUUUUUCUCUGUGCAAACUCCUUGUCCUUGUAUCUUUCAGGGAGUUCUGACUAGCAGUCUAUAGCUGUUGGUCUUGUGGCAGUUCCCCUCCCAACUGUUCAAUUUUCCCCAAUCCUAUACCCCAAACCAUCGGAUUGCGUCACUGGCUUUUAAGAUUGUUAAUAUACUGAAUUCAAACUUGAUUGGAAUUUUUCGAGGUAUAAUUUAAACUGGCCUAAUUCAAAUCUGAUUUGUUGU